UUAAAGCUGUUAAUGUUAGCUUGUUAAGUUUUGAACUAAAAAGGUUAGGGUUUUAUUAUUUAGAUUUUUAAAUAAUUUUGUAACGCAUAAUUGGUUUUUUAUGGCAAAAAUGAGUUUAUAAUUUUUUCAAUUUUUUUAAUUUUCUGAUCUUUUAUCUAUUAUUUAUUUUUUCGAAAAAUUUCUUUCUCUUAACGAUAAAUCGUUGGAACCGGUGAUAUAUGUUACAAUCACAAUCUAGUAGCGUCGAAGAAACAAAGCUUAUUAUCAGAGAGAACCAGCGUUCGCCGGAAAAUGGCUUCCGUCAAUGCCCGACGAUCUCUAUCAAACCUUCUAAGCCGCGCCCUCUCUUCUUCUUCUUCCUUUCCUUCCCAUUCUCGCCUCACAGUUGCUCUCCUCAACAAAACUCCAGUUUUUAUCCCCGAAGCAACCAAAAUCCUGACCCGAACCAAGACAUCCGCAUCCGGUUACUCGCCUUUGAACGACCCAUCUCCUAACUGGAGUAACCGACCGCCGAAAGAAACGAUUCUCCUCGAUGGCUGUGAUUAUGAGCAUUGGCUUAUCGUUUUGGAAUUCCCAGAAGACCCAAAACCUUCCGAAGAAGAAAUGAUUGAUGCCUAUGUUAAAACCCUCGCUUCUGUUGUCGGCAGUGAAGAGGAAGCGAAAAAGAGAAUAUACUCUGUUUGUACAACGAGGUAUACUGGGUUUGGUGCUUUGAUUUCUGAGGAGUUGUCUUAUAAAGUUAAAGGGUUACCUCGUGUACUCUGGGUUUUACCGGAUUCGUAUCUCGAUGUUCCGAACAAAGAUUAUGGAGGGGAUUUGUUUGUUGAUGGGAAAGUCAUUCAUAGACCACAAUAUACAAGCUCGGUGCAGCCAUCCAGCGGCAGCAGAGUUCGAGGACGUGGUGAUAGGCAUAUAAGAAGAUAACCUUUUCGAGACUAUGGUAACAAGAAACCAAUCACCACUGCCAUCUACAUCUUCUUCCCUUUUUUAGGUUCACCGUGUUGGUCUGGCCUUUUCCUUGAUUUAGGAAACUUUUAGAGUAAAAUGCUAUUGGUUGACAUAUAUCUUGUUUGAUGGUGAUGAGUUCAUACAUGUUUAUCUAGCAUAUUUAUGAAAGUUGGGAAAUAUGAACAUUUGCAUAUAAUUGUUGAUUUCUUGCAGUAAAAACUGGUCCAUGACACUGCUUUUUAUAAA